UCCUGCGGGGGACGUUUCCCGCCCCUCCGUCAGAUUUUACGUCGCGACGCAUGGAACGUCGCGCGCCACCUACGUAGUCAUGGCGUCAUAUCUUCCAACUCAACCGCCGCUUCCUGGCCGGCCCAGGAAGCCGCCUGAGGCCCGGCUCUGUGAACCGCUAUCCGCUCAUCACCACCGUUCUCCUGCCGUUAGGGCGAUAAAGGAAACUCGUGGCUUCAACAUGCGAGGCUGCAGAAGACGGGAGUAAAUGCAGGAGCAGACGGACCGCAGCGGCCUCAGAUAGUGUUUGACCCCCUCAAACAUCUCAGGGGUGGGAAAUGAGAUGUUCUUCAGCAUCGUGCACUAGGUCAGUUUCUGAGGCAGAGCAGCAGUGGUGAUGGUGUUGGACUCGGGGGAAGUCUUCAUGGAUCAGGAUGAGGGUGAAAGCGUCAGGAGCAGCAGGGACUUGGAGCCAGAUGUCCGAGCGGAUCCACCCAAAGCUGCCAGCAGCUCGGCCGCGGCGCCCGCGCUGGCGGCCAGAAGGGGCGGCGUUAAGAAGGAGAAGGUGUUCCAAAACGGACUCCCAUCCCAGACCAGCAGCUGCCAGGCUGGGAGGAGGUCGUCGUCUCUGAAAGGACCACCGAGACCACCCCUCCACCGCCCCCUCAGCCUGGAGAUCACGCCGCAGCACCUGCGGGGGGCUCGGGAGCAGCCGGUGGACAGGCGAAUUGUGCAGCCCCCCUGGCGCUGCGGCUCGGCCGCCCCCUCGCCCCCCGCCCGCAGCCUGACCAGUCCCAGUCUGGGAGCAGGCGGCUGGAUGCGCCGCAGCGAAAGCACCUGUUCGGUCAACUACUCUCUCGGGCUCCGGAGCGGCAGGGGGCAAAUGCGGCCUGCCACCUCCCUGCCCCACAUAGCUAAAGGCGUGGGGAGCGCGAGGCUGCCCACUUCACCCAGACCCUGUCUGCUCGUCGCCCUCAGACCUCUUAACCUGGAACAGGAGAAGCAGGCGUUUUUCCUCUCCGACUACAAGUACGAGCCUCAGUUUGAGUACACGCAGCCUGAACCGAGGAGCGUGCUGGACAAGUACAGAGAGGGCUCGGGCCUCUUCCUGGAACAGGCGGUUGGAAUCAUGGAGUGUGUCCUGAGGAAGUACGGCUCCUAUGAGAACUUCGAGGAGGUGACUGGUGGCAGUGUCCUCCCUAAAAGUCAGGUCUGGGCUGCCGUGCGCAAGUAUCUGCAGAAGGAAGGCUGUGUGGGGGAGGUUGUGGUGCGUCUGUCUGAUGAGCUCCUGUCUCAGGCGGUGAUGGUGGUGGAGAGCUGCCGUCCCACUCUGACCAUCAACCUGGCUGGAGCGCGACAGCACUGGCUGGAGGGGAUGCUGAGGCAUGAGAUAGGAACACAUUAUCUGCGAGGAGUAAACAACGCUUUGCAGCCCUGGGCCACAACAGAAGGCAGGAAGCAGUAUGGCCUCAAACCUGCCAAUCCCACAGAGGAAGGUCUGGCCAGUCUGCACAGCGUGUUGCUACGGAAACAGCCCUUUCUGUGGCGCGCGGCUCUGCUGUACUACACGGUGUAUCACGCGACCAGCAUGAGCUUCAGCCAGCUCUUCAGUCACAUCGCUCGCUUCGUCCAGGACCCACACGUCCGCUGGGAAUAUUGUCUGAGAGCCAAGAGGGGACAGACUGACACGUCGAAGCCGGGUUGCUUCAGUAAAGAUCAGGUUUAUCUGGAUGGGAUUCUCCGGAUUCUACGCCAUCGAAGGUCCAUCGACUUCAAGAUGCUGACAUCCUUAGGCAAGGUGUCGUAUGAAGACGUGGAGCGGCUGCGUCACUUGGCCGCGCUGUCCAGGACAAGAAUCCCACACUUCAUGCGCGACCAGGAGCGGUACAUGCAGCAUCUGGAUCACAUCAUCGCUGUGAAUGAGCUGGAGGAUUCAACGCUGCAACAGCUGCUGCCCUGAUCCCACCUGCACCGCCCGUAGCCAAGAAAGGUUGCUGGUACAAUGACUGCAUCACCUGGUGCCCUGAAUAUCACGUCAAACAUCCACUAACUGAUGCUUGUUUUAAGCAUUUUUUUAAACUUGAACAAUAUCAAAAAAGGGACAAACACUAAUUCCCCCUAUUUACAUUCUCACCUUUUGUCCAAUGCAUGUACAGAGUAUUGGAGUACAGCUAAAGUACCCUCUCUUCCCUCUGCCUAUACUCCCACUAUGAAAUUACCUCAAUAAUGCAACUCUGAUGUAACCAACAUUAUCUAUGUAGACUCGUACAUAAUCAUUGCGCCCAACGCCUGUGCACUACCACGUUAUGUACACAUCCAUUAUCACUCGUAUGCUGUAUUGAUACAGUUAUUUAAGUCUUUUUUUUACCUUGAGGGAACACGCUGAUUGUUGUUCUCUGUGUGGUAUUAGCUUUAUAUCUUCUGUUUCUAUGCCACAUUGUUUAUGCCUUAGAUUGUUUGCUUUUUGAAAAAGGACACCAAGGACACUUAACUUUCAAAGUGGUGGCUGACACCACAUAUCUUUAGGAUAUCAAGUGCCAGUGGAUCCAGUAUAGUAUUAAAAAACUCCCCAGGGAGCUUUUAAAAUAUCUGUGUUAUUGAUAAUCAGCUGUUGUUUAUGUCUUGGUGUCCUUGGUGAUCCUUGAUAUUAAUAUGCUACUGUGAUGUGACGUACUUUGAGCUACCCUUCUGCUCAACAACCAAACUUUCUUUUUGCAGUUAAAGGAAUAGGUUGACAAUUUGGGGAAUUCAUUUGGCCUUUUCCUUGCGUGGAGAAGAGAGAGAGGCUUCAUAGUAUUUUGGGAUUUCAUCUCUCAGUACAUGAAGCUUUUCCUGGAGCAUAAAGUGAAGGGUAGAAGCUCUCAUCAUUUCUCAGAUGAUGAUAACUACCAUUUGAUUGGAGCUUGUUGGCUUCACCAGUUAUGUAUUACCUUACUAGUUUAGGUUAUCGCCACCUUCUUAUCAAUCUCUUUCUCUCUAUCAAGAAAAAGAAAGUACAUUUCCCUAAUUGUCAACAACUACUCCAUUAACAUGUAACUAAAGUGCCAAUGUGGCAUCUUUACCACCCUGGGCUGUCUAUGAAGCAGCCAAAGCCAGUAAUGCUUGUUCCUUAUCCAAAUGUGGGCGAAACUGGCUGAGGAAGAGGCCGGGGGUAUUGUGGGUGUGCCUUCGAUGGGUGUAGAGCUCAUCUGCUGUAGCUAGCAAUUUCUUCGUAGGCUGCUUUUUAGUGUUCGACACCAAACAUCAGAUGUCAGCCAGGGCAUUCAUUUUAGGACAGGCAGUCUGAGCGCAAAGCAUCAGCUGACGUUUUUAAACUAAAAGGAAAAGCAAAAUGUGAACUUUUUACUAGAAAUGGCUGCAUUUGCAGGUUAAUAUUAAACUAAAAGUCACUGGUGUUUACAGUUGUAUCCCUUUAGUAGCCUCAGCCCAGAUCUGCCAAAAUGAAUGCACCUGUUGAACGCACGAAUGUUGCACCAAGUGUUUUAUGUUCUGGAAACACCUUGAAUUUCCAGCUUAUUUAUUAAAAGUACACACGCACACACUCAA